AUGGGACCGCGCGUGACUAAGCUGGCCCUUGGCCCGUGCCCCGUUCGCUCCGCCAAAAAUUUCCUGCGUAUCGCCGAAGUUCAAGUCCAGCGGUUUGGCAUCGAUAAACGCACUCGUUCACCACCCAGCACCUCUCUUUCGAUGCAUCUUAUGUACUCUCUGGGCCCUGAUGGCAAGCGGGUUUACACCCUGAAGAAGGUCACCGAGGAUGGUCGCGUUACCAAGAGUGCUCACCCCGCCCGUUUCUCUCCCGAUGACAAGUACUCCCGUCACCGUGUGACCCUCAAGAAGAGAUACGGUCUCCUUCUGACCCAGCAAGUCGACAAGGAGGCUGCUAAGCUGUAA